AAGGCCGGUCCCGCACAGGUUGAGGCGUGCGCGCGCGCAGGCGCGAGAAAGUGCGGCCGCGCGCUCGCGCUCCUAGCAGGCCGGCUCUUCUGCACACUGCAAUGCCCCGCGGGAAAUCCGCGUCGGGAGGCUCUACUGCCGCCGGCCCAGGCCCGGGGAGGCAAACGGUUCUAAGCCGGUUCUUCAGGUCUGCGGGAAGCCUAAGAUCCAGCGCGUCCUCCACGGAGCCAGCAGAGAAGGUGACAGAAGGUGACAGCAGGAAGAGGUCACUGGGAAAUGGUGGGCCCACUAAGAAAAAAGCAAGGAAAGUUCCAGAGAAGGAGGAAGAAAACAUCUCAGUAGCAGCUCACCACCCUGAGGCAAAGAAAUGUCUGAGGCCCAGGAUUGUUUUAAAGUCCCUGGAAAAGUUGAAAGAAUUCUGCUGUGAUUCUGCCCUCCCUCAAAACAGAGUCCAGACAGAAGCUCUUCGGGAGAGACUUGAAGUUCUGCCAAGGUGUACUGAUUUUGAAGAUAUCACUCUGCAACGUGCAAAGAAUGCGGUUUUGUCCGAAGAUUCCAAAUCUCAGGCUAAUCAGAAAGACAGUCAAUUUGGACCCUGCCCUGAAGUUUUCCAGAAGACUUCCGAUUGUAAACCUUUUAACAAGCGAUCCAAGAGCGUCUAUACACCGUUAGAACUGCAGUACUUAGAUAUGAAGCAGCAGCAUAAAGACGCAGUUUUGUGUGUGGAGUGUGGUUACAAGUACAGAUUCUUUGGGGAAGAUGCAGAAAUUGCUGCCCGGGAACUCAAUAUUUAUUGCCACUUAGACCACAACUUUAUGACUGCAAGCAUACCUACCCACAGACUGUUCGUGCAUGUCCGCCGACUUGUGGCCAAAGGGUACAAGGUGGGAGUUGUGAAGCAAACUGAAACUGCCGCAUUAAAGGCCAUCGGAGACAAUAAAAGUUCUGUCUUCUCCCGGAAAUUGACCGCUCUUUAUACGAAAUCCACACUUAUUGGUGAAGAUAUCCUUUUAGGAUAGAAGCUUCCUCUUUCUUGUUGUAGGGGGGGAUUUGCUUUAAAAUGACAAAUUUAACUGAACAGUUUUUCCUUUUCUCUAAUGACAGUGUGCUUGCUGAGUUGUUCAGGCACUCCUCUGUGGUGGGUGUGUCACCGAGGAGAGGGCGGGUAUGUGUCCAUUGUCACAGUGAGAGCAGAGUACAUUGUACUUUAAUAGCAAGAAAAAGAAAUGAGAGCAAUCAACCAUCCCCUUGUGGGGGCGUGUUAGGUGUCCAGGGCUUUGCUGGCUCCGCAGAAGCUUGCUAACAUGAGACCUGAAAGGAACUUCCUGACUUCAUGUGAAAACAACUCCAGAGGCGAAAUUAAGACACAAUUAAAUUUCAGCGAAGAGACGCCAUGCAACUGUGACUGUCCUUGGAAGAAUGCUGCGUGAGGAAAUAACCCUUUAUCACUUAGUGGGCAUGAAGCAGCAUGGGAUUUUUCUUUAAUCAUUACUACAUGUGAAUCCUCUCAUCAGGCUGGAUGAUUCUGUAAAUAUCGAUGAGGUAAUGACAGAUACAUCUACCAACUAUCUUCUGUGUAUCUACGAAGAAAAGGAGAACAUUAAAGACAAAAAGAAGGGGAACCUUUCCGUUGGUAUCGUGGGAGUGCAGCCCGCAACUGGCGAGGUUGUGUUUGACUGCUUCCAGGACUCUGCUUCCAGACUGGAGCUGGAGACUCGCAUAUCAAGCCUGCAGCCUGUGGAAUUACUGCUUCCCUCCGACCUGUCUGUGCCAACAGAGAUGCUCAUCCAAAGAGCCACCAAUGUCAGUGUGCGGGAUGACAGGAUUCGAGUAGAAAGGAUGAAUAAUACUUACUUUGAAUACAGCCAUGCUUUCCAGACAGUUACGGAGUUUUAUGCUAGAGAGAUAGUUGACAGCCAGGGCUCUCAGAGUCUCUCUGGUGUCAUUAACUUGGAGAAGCCUGUGAUCUGCGCCUUGGCUGCCGUAAUAAGGUACCUCAAGGAAUUUAACCUGGAAAAGAUGCUGUCCAAACCCGAGAGUUUUAAACAGCUGUCAAGUGGAAUGGAAUUCAUGAGAAUUAAUGGGACCACGCUAAGGAAUCUGGAGAUCCUUCAGAAUCAGACUGAUAUGAAGACCAAAGGAAGCUUGCUUUGGGUUUUAGACCACACUAAAACUUCAUUUGGGAGAAGGAAGUUAAAGAAUUGGGUUACCCAGCCACUGCUUAAAUUAAGGGAAAUAAAUGCCCGACUUGAUGCAGUAUCUGAUGUUCUCCACUCAGAAUCCAGUGUGUUUGAGCAGAUAGAAAACCUUCUUCGUAAGUUACCGGAUGUCGAGAGAGGACUAUGUAGCAUUUAUCACAAGAAGUGCUCUACCCAAGAGUUCUUCUUGAUCGUCAAAAGCCUAUGUCAACUGAAGUCAGAGCUUCAAGCAUUAAUGCCUGCUGUUAAUUCCCACGUUCAGUCCGACUUACUCCGAGCACUCAUCGUGGAGGCUCCUGAGCUCCUCAGCCCAGUGGAACAUUACUUAAAGGUUCUGAAUGGGCCAGCUGCCAAAGUUGGCGAUAAAACUGAAUUAUUCAAAGACCUCUCUGACUUCCCUUUAAUAAAAAAGAGGAAAAAUGAAAUUCAGGAAGUCAUUCACAGCAUCCAAAUGCGUUUACAGGAAUUUCGGAAAAUAUUAAAACUUCCUUCUUUACAGUAUGUGACUGUAUCAGGACAAGAGUUUAUGAUUGAAAUAAAGAACUCGGCUGUAUCUUGCAUCCCAGCUGAUUGGGUGAAGGUUGGAAGCACAAAAGCUGUGAGCCGCUUUCACCCUCCCUUCAUCGUGGAAAGCUACAGACGUCUGAAUCAGCUCCGGGAGCAGCUAGUCCUUGACUGCAAUGCUGAAUGGCUUGGCUUCCUAGAGAAUUUUGGUGAACAUUAUCACACUUUGUGUAAGGCUGUGGAUCACCUAGCAACUGUUGACUGUAUUUUCUCCCUGGCCAAGGUCGCUAAACAAGGAAAUUACUGCAGGCCAACUCUACAAGAAGAAAAGAAGAUCAUCAUAAAAAAUGGAAGGCACCCUAUGAUUGAUGUGUUGCUGGGUGAACAAGAUCAGUUUGUGCCCAACAGUACGAGUUUAUCACAGGACUCGGAGAGAGUAAUGAUAAUCACCGGACCAAACAUGGGUGGGAAAAGCUCCUACAUAAAACAGGUUGCACUGGUUACCAUCAUGGCUCAGAUUGGCUCCUACGUCCCUGCAGAGGAAGCCACAAUUGGGAUUGUGGAUGGCAUUUUCACAAGGAUGGGUGCUGCAGACAAUAUAUACAAAGGCCGGAGUACUUUCAUGGAAGAACUGACGGACACAGCGGAAAUAAUCAGGAGAGCGUCCCCACAGUCCUUGGUUAUCCUGGAUGAGCUGGGGAGAGGGACAAGCACCCAUGACGGAAUCGCCAUCGCCUAUGCAACUCUAGAGUAUUUUAUCAGAGACGUGAAAUCCUUAACACUGUUCGUUACCCACUAUCCACCAGUCUGUGAACUAGAAAAAUGUUACCCAGAACAAGUGGGGAAUUACCACAUGGGAUUCUUGGUCAAUGAAGAUGAAAGCAAGCAGGACUCAGGUGACAUGGAGCAGAUGCCGGAUUCUGUCACUUUUCUCUAUCAGAUAACCCGAGGAAUUGCAGCGAGAAGUUAUGGACUUAAUGUGGCGAAGUUAGCAGAUGUACCUAGAGAAGUCUUACAGAAAGCCGCGCACAAGUCUAAGGAGCUGGAAGGCUUAGUCAGCCUGAGAAGGAAAAGGCUUGAAUGUUUUACCGACUUAUGGACGACACACAGUGUGAAGGACCUGCACACAUGGGCAGAUAAGCUGGAAAUGGAGGAAAUACAGACUUCUCUCCCACAUUAAAAUGAAAACUGCAUUUUUGGAGUAAAAUACAGAGAACUGAAGAUUCAAACUGUACAAAACAACUCUGUGGCAACAGCCGUCUCUGUGGUCUUCCUUUUGAGAUGGCUUCUGCUCUGUGAAGGGAGCUUUUCAGGCUCUUGUCCUCCUGCUUUCAGAAGAAAAAGACAAUGGAGUGUAAAGGCCUCAAUUUUCCUAGGCAGUACAUUUCAUACCAAAGCGGGUUCUUCUAAGUAAAACCUAAAACGGAGGUUCUUGGUGCCUACAUUAUCAGAGGGGCAGUGCCUAUUUAGGUUCAGACAAUUGACAACAGGCUAAUCUGACAGGAACCUACUUUUGUGAGAACUAAAGAACUUUAUAAUGCCAGGGUUUGCUCACCAAACACAUAAACGUUUUUAUGAGAAGGAGAAUCGCGAAGCUUCUAGAAGCCAGAGCACAGGAAGGAAAGGCCACAUGAAGUGUGAAGGGCUAAAUGUCGUCAUCUUUUUAACAGCUUGAAGGUUGGUGUAUAAAAUUAUUUUGUCAUUUACUUAAAUAAAAAUAUGGAAUGAAUACUUGC